CCCCCCCCCCCCCCAAUACACUCCGUGGUUGUUGUGUGUUGUGAAGUGAGCAAAUGCGUAUUAACGUGCUGGCAAGUGGUGGGGGCAAAAUAUGUUAGGAAACGUUAGGAACCUUUCACUCUUGAAACGCUUCGGAGGGAUAAAAUCGUCAGUGACCCAAAUAGAAUGUGACUCAAUUCUAAUACAUCGAAGAUGCGCUCGUCGAUCAGUUUUCAACUUCAUCAUCCGACAAUCAUCCGAAUAACGCGUUCAACGUUGGCCACUGCAACAAUCAACCCGUAAAGUAAAUGGAUACUUGCUCGCCAAUUCAAUCUGCUGCACAUCUAUCAAAGCGUUUUUGUUGCUUCGUUCUGUAAAAUGGUAUUAUUUCAUGAAACUCACCCAACGGUGGAAGGGUGGGGCAGAUAGAUAAGUGGCCCCGAUGGCCGCAGCCCGGCCAAACAAUGGCAGCAAGCAGGACAGCACCACGAACCAGCCGAUGCAACGCCCAAAGGUACCCCAGCACCACGUACCGGUACCACCAGCAGCGGCCCCAUUGGCCGCGAGUCGGUACCCUACAUUCUUCCUAAAUACUCGCAAACAAGUAACCCGACCACCGGUGCCCAGCAUGGUACGCCGGUUGGUGCCGACACCACCGCGCCAUCCUAACCCGCCAUUAGUCCCGACGGUAGUCGCCGGCCACAGCAAUGGCGGCGCGCUGCUCAUCAGUGCGGAUAAUCUGCGCCGGACGGUGUACGCUACGCUACCAUCCGUUUCGCUGCACAGCAGCACGACGGUCGACGGUAACGGGCUGACCAACACGAUCGUUAGCUUUGCGGGCAAACAGGCGGUCACGAUACCACAGUCGGCGUACGACCUAGUGUCGGUGGUACGGCCCACAGUUCCUACGCCACCCACCUCCAUUUACAAGCUGGUCAACGCGGGCAGUGCACCAACCGGCCGGAAACGGAUGCCACUGCUCGCACCCAAACCAGCGCCUACAAAUGGUGUGCAAACGAGUGAACAGCAACCCGUUGCACCGGCGGACGCACCGAUCGCACCGAUCGCACCGAGCGCACCGAACGGCGUGAACGGGCGUGCUUCUUCCGUACAGUACAAUAAUGCACCCGGCUGGCGACGGAUUUUACGCAACAAAGUGAUCGUUUACAUUAGCCCUUCCAACAUGGUUCUUCACAAUUACGAGCAGGUAAAGGAAUAUUUACUGUCUUCCGGUACGUGCAAGUGUGGUCUGCCGUGCCCGUUCAAUCCGGAACAAUUCUUUCAAUUUGACACUCAGAUUCCCAACAAAACGAUGGCGCCAAUAAAGCGUGAAGUGUUAUGCUCACACUAUAAGCGUGCAACAACCGGACCGGAGCGUACGAAACGGUUACGCGAAAAAUCGACACUACCAGCAAAGGAGAACCCCCACCAACCAGCGACACCAAGUGCUGUUCUUCUUAAAACGCCUCCCUGGCGAAAGAAUGUUCCUUCUUCUUCUGCUUCUUCUUCGCCGCACGGGACGUCACCCGAUACAGACGGUGGCCCGACUGUAUCGCCCAUCGCACGGUUUAGCAAACCGAACGAUGUGAAACCCUCCCCAUUCACGCUUUCCCCGUCGGGCGCGAACGUUGGCGACUGCUCCGCGCGAGAUAGUCCGGAACAGAAGAAACCAACCUUCAAGGAUGAUCCGACCGGUUACCUCAAUCAGCAGACCGCCAUCCUACACAAUUCGAUUUCAUUUCUUCACUCACCGGACCGCCGUUCGCCGCUGCCGUCGAUCGGUGGGCUCAGCCCGAAACCGGCCGAUAACGGUCCGGUUGGGAAACCGUUAACGCCAUCACCGAAGGAAGGCGGUGCAUUGAUACGCCGCCAGCGAACACCGAACCGCCCCACACCGAUACUGCCCGCUACGGCGGAACCGCAGGCGAAAAUAACCUCCCUCACGGGGGUGGUAAAGUACGAAGCAAAGUCACCGAUCGUUACCUCGAAAUCUCCGGCCAGCAGUGCCAGCAGUAUUAAAGUGACGCGAACGCUCAACGCGAUCAAAUCACCGCACCCACUAGCGCGCCUAACCGCCACCAGUGAACGGAGCCGGUUGGCGUACUACGUGAAGGCGAAUGCGGCGCCCGGUGUGGAACAGUGCUCGUCGGCCAAGGUGGCCAAGUUGAGCAUUUCGACCGUGGCGGGUGAAACCGUAAUACCGUGUCCGAUAGCGAGCACCACCACCUCCACGACUACCACGACGAUCGCGAGGACGAACGCGAUAAUGACGCUCACCAGCACGGCAACCACCGCUGCGCCGAUGUUUGUACCGACACGCUCGUCGCACGUCAUCAAUGCCGGUGGGGCACAAAUAGUCGUGAUCGAUGGUUUGCAGCAUUCGGCCGUGGGCAGCGGUGCGGAUGGUUCGUUGGCGGGCAAGAUGCGUAUCGGUGCGUUUCCACCGAUGCCGGCACGCCACCAGCCGCUGGCCAGCCUGGUGCCUACCGUUUCGAAACCGACCGUCGUCAAUUACAGCUUGUCGCGUACCGUUAAUGGCACGGCCGCGACUGUACCUGUGCCGGUUCCGGUCAGCGCACUGUCCAGCUCGCCAAUGCCGACGACUACCUCCGGCGCGAUGAUACUGAACGGAACAAACAUAAUACACCUAAGCAACGGGCUGUCUCCUUCCACGUUUCACGGUGGGCUGCUCACAACCGAACCGUCCAGUCCCGCUGGCCCUAAUCACUGUUUGCCGCAUCCGGCAAGUCCCAAACAAACUUCAAUCACAAUCCCGAACGGUGCGCUCGGUCUGGUGACGGGCUCGACGGUGGUGCUGAACCCUACCACGAGCAUACGGUUUGCGGACAAUACGAGCUUCACCACGCCCGGUGGGUUUUCAACCGCGACCGUCGCAUCCAACACGUACCACUACAGUCCCGCUGCCUGCACGAACGUGCCCGGAGCGGACACGCUCGGUAUAGACAUUACCGGUGGGCGGAAGGUGAAGCGGCAGCUGAAGAGUGUGAACGGAACACCGCUCGGUACCGCGGGUGGGCUCGUGCUGCCGGCCUCCUCACCGGUCGCCACCCUGAGCCAACCGCAACCGGCCACAUUCCAGCAGCAGCUGCAGCCGGGCCCCUUCGUACAGAUCGCCUCACCGUACGGUGGUUUGCAAAACAUUCAGCUCGCAUCGAGCUUGCCCGGGCUUACCGUUGUGCCGGUGUCGAAAUCGGCUCCUACAAUCGUGCAGCAGCAACCACACCACCACCACCACCACCACCAACAGCAACCGUACGGUCUGCUCGGUCAGACGCAAACCAUUCUUCUGUCGGCCGGCAGCAUGGUAAUGGCAUCGGAUGCAAACUCCGCGACGACAACGCUGCUCCAGAUACAGAACAUGUCACCGCACGGUAACGCACCGCUACUGGCCGGCCAAACGGGGCUCGUACUGCGCCAACCGAAACCACCGUCCACCGCCGGAUUCCUCUCAACACUGGGCCAGCAGUCGUACCUGAUCGGUGGAAACGCUUCCAGCACGGCCACCACCCGCCCACCUACCAGCGUCAACCAACGGCCGCUUGCGGCAACCAUCACCACCAGCACCACCCCGGGCGGCACAACGGCACUCUUCGGUACGGGAGGCACUGGUGGUGGUCUCAGCAUCGUAACAGCCACCCAACCACUACCAGUCCCCAACCUUACCAUGCAGCAGCCGCAACAGAUCACUCUUACGCCGAUCGCUACCGCUACAAAACGGCCAGAACCCUUAAAGCCCGACGCCAGGACGGCCCACAGUCAGCCGGAGGGUACGAGGGAAGGCGCGAACGAAAAGAGCAUGGUAACGAGCGACGAUAGUACGGGUAGUGCCGAGCUUAAACCGAACACUGCUUACCAGCAGGAGAAAAAGAAUUGUGUUUCCGUCAGCCAAACCGAACCCGUGCCUGGGAUAGCGAUUACGCUGAAGGGCCCGAUACAUGCGAUAUCCGCCGUUGAGCAGCAGAAAAAGUCGUGGCAAGGCGCAGCGAAGCAGCAGCAGCAGCACGGUGGUGGAGUACCGCUCGCCGAAUCACCGAAUCGCACCGGCCGGAUAGCGCCACCACCGUCCACCACCAUUCGUACCGGUAACAUCGGGUUUAUGCGCCGUGGUCCUGCGGUGCAGGUGACGAGCAAACAGCAACCGGAGCAUCGUGUCAAGCUAAGCGUUGCUGUACCGUCAACCCCGACCGAAGGAUCCACCCCGUGCCUACUGACGGAUGUCCUCCCAGAGCAAAGCUAUGAUGUUACCACUGCGUUGAACGAUAAUCCCACCGCGUCCAAAAGCCGCAACACGAAGCGUUUGCGCCGGAAUCAAAGCGAUACGGAAGACACCGCCGUACGGCCCGUUGAACCGUUCAAGGGACCGAGACAGUUUCGGGUGGGCGAUCUGGUUUGGGGCGCGGUACGUGGAUUUCCUGCCUGGCCGGGUAAGGUGGUUCCGUCACCGCCAGCGGCUUCCACCGAUGCCAGCCACAACGAAGAUGAUGAGCUGAAAGCAGACGAGGCGUCCGGAGUAUCCGCACCGGACACGACAAACUCGCCGCAACAGGUCCACGUAUGGGUACGCUGGUUCGGUACGGGCCGUGCCAGUGCGGAGCGGGUCGAGGCCGAAACGUUGCAGAGCCUGUCCGAGGGGCUGGAGAUACAUCACCGGGCGCAGAAGGAUGCUAGAAAGAGCCGUAAAUUAAAUGCCCAGCUCGAACAAGCUAUACAGCAAGCGAUGCAAGAGCUCGAUCAUGCGGCACCCGUUCGCGGCAAACAGCGGCAGCAUCGACGGUACCAACGACGCCCACCACCGCCCCCAGGGAAACGUCAUCGGACUGUAGGUGGUGGUGGUGGUGGUGGUGGUAACAGCGGCGGCAGUGGCAGCGUCAAUGCCAACAUGUGCAAUAGAAAAGGUGGCAGCGUACGGUAUCUGCGCGGUAACAAAUUUAAAGCCAAAUCGUAAACCAUCGAAGCAAAGCUCCGUGGAUGGGUAAGGGGGGGAGGUAGAGAGGGGAGGGUGGGGGUAGGGGAGGACGAGUUUAAUCGUAACGCAAAAACGCAUCCCUAGUAUGUGUUUCGCUCGAACCCGUAAACCUUCCCCGGGCUUUAUUAGGCAGAGCAGCAUCAGCAUGGAAUGAAUGCGCAAAAUCUAGAUUGUUGAUAAGUAAUUGUUAGAUGUGAACAUUAGGCGCUAAUUUUUCCUUAACCUUAUCUACACUGCACACACGGACCAGUGGUGUAUCUGGUGUUGAAACAAGUGAUGGGACUAACCAACCGGCAACGUGAAUUGAAACAGAGUGCAUGAGAAUAGUGAGUUAAAUUUUGUACUGAGUGCCGACUAGCCACUCAUUCCCUACGUUUUAACUCACUCAGCACGUUCACUCUUGAGUGCUGGGCCGUUCCCCCAAAAAAGAACAACGCUUUUAAAAGAGGAAAGAACAACUGCUCACUAGCAGGUGAGAGGUGAGAUAUCCCCGGUAGCUACGCACUCGCUGAGGGCGAAGAGCUACCUAUUUCGAAAUCGAAGAGCGCGUUCAGAGAGCCCUCAUUUUAUUGAGGCGAAGCCUCCCGGUAGCUCUCGAGCUCACUACCCAACACUAGGCAUGACCUAAGAGGUCGUAAGGCCAAACAAGAAGAAGAAGGAGUUUGAUAUAUCGCAUUACAAUAUUUUUAUCUCAAACACAAAUUGUAUUUACUGAAAUCAUCUUGCCAUAGUGUUUUAAUUUAUCAAAGUGAUAUUUAACUCGCGAGUGAGUAAUACACUGUGAAUGAGUUAAAUCAUCAAUGUAAAUAACUCAUGAGUGAGUUAAAACUCAGUGAGCGAGUGGUAAGUCGGCACGGAGAGUUAACUCACAAGCGAGUGCAAAUAACUCUUUGUGAUGAUUCAAAUCAUCCAAUUCAUUCACUCAUUCUGACUUAGUUUGUUCACAUCACUAGUUGGAAGUUUCAACUGGAACUAGUGAUGUGCAAACUAAAUCACUCACCACGUUUUAAUUCACUCACCUCGUUUUAACUCACUAGAGAGUUAAAUAUCGUAUUGGUAUAUCGCGAGUUCAUUCCGAUGCUCAUUAACUUUUUUUUUUGCUUGAUUAACAUUUUACGAUGCAUUAACAAAGUUUUGCCCAAAGAUCUCUUCGAUAUCACAUAAUAACUGACGAGCAGUAUAGUUGAAAAUUUUAGUGCGACCGUACACACAAGCGAAAGAUCUACAGAGUCCCUUUUAAAAUAUUUUUUUAUGAAUAAUCUAUCCUUACGGCUCAUUACCGUAUUGUAUUUUCUUAAAUCAUCGUGUGAUCGUGACCAAUGCGAUUUGCCAAUACGAUAUUUGACUCUCCAGUGACUAAAAACGAGGUGAGUGACUACAAACGAGGUGAGUGAGUUAAAACGAGGUGAGUGACUACAAACGCAGUGAGUGACUACAAACGCAGUGAGUGACUACAAACGCAGUGAGUGAGUGGCUAGUCGGCAUGGAGAGUUAAAUCAUUGUUCAAGAGUAAAUUCUUAAAGAGUGAGUAUAAGAUGUAACUCACUAUUACAGCUCAUUCACUCUGAUGUAAUUCACGCUACUGAGUGGUUGUUCCCAUCACUAGCUGGAACACACAUCUAAUAAUUCCUCAAUGUUGUUAUAUAGACCCCUCCUUUUGUGCGAAACCCGGCUCGUCCCAUAUACUCCCCCAAGGUUCCGAAGCAAGCAAAACCGGCUUCCCUUCGCUUAACUUAUCACAAUUUGGGCGUUAAUAUCAAAACUAAAGAAAAAAGGUAUCAGCGUGAACAAUCGAUCGCGUGUAUCAGUGUGCGUGUGUGUGCCCUGUUUGAAACGGUUUUGUUUUUGUCUGUUAAUCGUGUAGCCAAAUUUCAAACCACGCCGUGUAUUAUAAUAAUUAAAUUCAGGCGGCGGAUAUUUGUGUUGGGUGCGCAUGAGAGAAAAAAAAAACUCAAUCAAACACUUGUAAUUUUGAGCGCGGCAAAUGUGCAUCGAUCGUUCGUUACCACGACACAGAGCAGGAAAUCGAAGAAGCAAACGCUGCAAAAAAAGGGGGAAGAAAACUAGCUGUAGGUAAACGAAAAUUGGUAGUAAUAAGCGGACGCGAGCUGGGCAGAACAAAACUUGUUGCAAUGUUGUACUUUAAGCCAAACUGACGGUAUUUCGUUUGACACGUGCAACUGCUUAAUUUAAACGAAGGCGAAAACAAAACAAAAAAAUCUCGAACGUGAAAGUCGUUGAACCCCCCCAGUUCACCAGCAGAAGUAGGCAAUUAAUGUGUUUGUUUUUUAUUGUACAUUAGCUUUAGUAAGAUUGUUUUAUUUGAGCCGACUCCUUUGCUUUGAAUCUAGCUAGCUAACAGGCAGGCCAAAUGAAGGCGCCCGCGCGCGCACUGUUUUCCGGAUCUGGUUUAAAAAUUGUUUCUUGCGUGUCCAAGCGUUAAUUAACUAACUAAAAGUGAGAUUUGCGUUGAUGAAAGGUUGUACCGCGGUUUGUUAUGUUUUUCGUUUUUAUUGUUUUAUAUUUUAGCGUAAUAUUACACUACAAACAAAGGCAAGCAAAACAAAAUGCAUGGAAAUCCCAUAGGGAUGUAUAGGAUCGUAUCGUGUAAGCGUGUUAAUCAAAAAAACAAAAAAACCCAUCAAUUAAUGUAUGUAACUGAUCAGGUUUUUGAGUGGAACAGGAGGGUGAGGGUAAUGUUUGUUUUUAUAGCUAACUAUUAUUAUUCUAAUUAUAAGUAUUAUCAUUGUCUCAACUCAAUUACUAACUCUGGCGCUUGGCGGAACACGCGCACACACUCACACACACACAAGGAAGCUAAGUAACUCCGGGGCUUUAAUAUGUGGAGCGAUAGCAUUUUUGUUUAGCGCUGUUCAUUGUCUUUCGGCAAAAAUAUAUUGUAUUGUUUAAAGUUUUGUUUGUUAGGUUUUUUGUUUGUUUGCUAUUAUUUUUUUAAUAUUUUAAUUUGUUACUGUUAAUGUCAUCUAGUUUAGCUGCCGGACAUCAUUCUUGUUGUUGUUGUUGUGAUUAAAAUGAGUUUUAAUAUAGUAAGAAAAAUGGGAACGUAACAGGACAUACCGAGGAAGUGCAUGUGUGUGUGUGUGUGUGUUUAAAGUAACAAACAAAAAACACAACCAAAAGGCUAGUUUUCUCUAGUUUCAAAUCAAAACAGCAUUUGACGAUGGAUGGUGAUGGAUGGUGCAGAUUUAAAACAGACAAUAAAGGUACACCCCCUCCAAUAUAGCCCCGAAUAGCCAGAAUGGUAGGAGUUAGAGCCAGCGACACACACAACGCUCCAUCCAGAACGCAAUUACGGAAAGUCAAUAGUUGUAAAGCCAGGCAAGCUCACCAUCUCUCUCUCUCUCUUUUAACCGCCCGUCAGCAGUAAAAACCCAUCACAAUCCGAUCCCAUCUUUCCUCAUCGAACGACGAAAACAAUACGAAUUAAACAAACAACAGGAAUAGUACGCACGCGGUCUAAUUUAAUGAUAGAGGUGAUGUAUGCAAGCGAUAAGCUAACCUUAUAGAGUACAGCAAACGUGUUGGGUGUUAAAGUCGACGAAGGUCUCCUUACCGGGCGGUUGGAGGCACACCGGUAGAAGCGGGCCGAGCCUUUUUUUUUGUGUGUGGGUAACGUGUGUAGAGAAUGUUUGGGUUAAAAGGAAAACUGCAGCAAACAAACAAAAAAUUGUAAGUUAUUGAUUGGUUGCAUAAAACAAUUUGCGAAAACAGAGCA